GGCAAAGCGCAUCCAGAACCGGGCCGUGGUGAACGAGAGCCCCACCGAGCGUCUCGUUAAAGAGCUGAAGGCAGAGAACGCCAGACUGCUGCAGCGACUGAGCCGACUGGGCCAAGAGGGACGCAGAGCCAACGACGAAACCAAGGAGCUCCGUCAGCUGCUGGCCCACAACGAGCUCCAGAUCAGGGCCAUUCAGACUCUGUGGGAACAACACCUGCAGGAGGCGCUGAAGGACUGGGAGCAACAGUACGCCAACAUCACACAGGAGAGGAGGAUGAUGCAGAUGCAUCCCUACAUCCUGAACAUCAACGAGGACGCUCAGCUGUCGGGGGUGGUGAAGCUUUUCAUCCAGGAGGGUGAGUGGGACAUCGGGCUGUGCGACUCCUCUCCAAGAUCCAUCUCUAUCAAGGGCUUAGGGAUCCAGGAGCGUCAUGCUGUGUUCAGGAAUGAGCAGCGCCGGGUGACACUGACGCCGCUGACAGGGUCAAAGGUGAUUGUAAAUGGGAACACCGCCUCCCAGACAACUGAGCUGCAGCACCUGGAUCGUCUCAUUCUGGGCUCCAACUGUACCUACCUGUUCAUUGGUUAUCCGUCUGAGAGGGGCGGAGACGACUGGAGCCGCUACGACUACGAUUACUUCCAGUCUGAACUGGCUGCUGCUGAGGGCAUCCACCUGGGUGAGUCCAGUGCUGGAUCUAGCCAGACAGACCCCAGUCUGCUGGCCGUCUUCUACGACUUCAUCAAACUGAUGCCCAUGGUGGCAGAGGCCAACCAGAUGAGUCAGGAGCUGAGCAAAGGGGUCGACUUCAAGCUGGAGAUCAAGAACCUGGCGCUGUCCGAUCCAAAAGGCCACGACUUGGAGAAGGACACCGUUGUCAGAGUCACGUCUAAAGGAAGCAAACAGGUGUGGAUGUGGUCCAAGGCCAAGUUUGUCAACCGCAAGUUUCUGAUGGAGGAAGUUUACCAGCAGCAUCAGGCUGAGCAGAGCGGAGACAACAGAGUCGAGGGGCUGUCACCAGUGGCUUUACCCAGAGAUAAAGAUCCAUUCUGGGAUCCAGUUGAGCCUCUGCUCCUGGGCACCGCUCACCUCUGGCUUCAGUCUCUGGCCUUCCGCAUCCCUCUGGAAGAGCAGCUGGAGGUGCUGGGCUCAGAGGGCUCAGAGGAGGCCAUCCUACAGGCCCAGCUGGUCCCCUGCUCCUCCACUGGACUCCCUCUGGGUGAGGACGACAUCCUGAUCGACCCGACUGAGAUACUGGGUCGACGACUGGACUUCCAGCUGGUCCUGGAUCAGUGCUGUGGCCUUCGCUGGAUCAGAGAGGCUCGCAAUCGAGGCGUCCAAAUUGGUUUCAGGUUAUUUGACUGCAGCCAGCCUCUCUACACUCCAGCUGUGUGGCACAACGUCAACCCUCUGCUGGAUCACAGGGUCCACUUCGCCUCCCUCCACACCUCCCAGCGCCUGCUGGACUACCUGCAGAGCAGCGCUGUGGUGCUGGAGCUCUGGGGCCUCCAAGAGGGCUGCACUCACCUGACGUCGUCUCUGGAAGCAGUGAGGAUGACCACAGAGGGCAUCUUCAUCAUCGAUGAGUCCGGUCCAACAGAAACCGCACCUGUGGACUCUGCAGAGCUCAGCUGUUCAGUGAGAGCUCUACAACAGGACUUGGAGGAGCUAAAGAGUGUUAACGCUUCACUGAGGAAAGAAAAUCACAGUUUGAGAGAACAGCUCAACACAGCCAGGAACGGCGUGGAGGGAGUUCGCGGCCGGUCGGUGCGUCCCAGCUGUGAUGCAGAGUUCGCUCGUGCUCUGAAGGUUUUCUACCACAGCAUGACCUCAGUGAGAGGUCAGCUGCAGCGCCUGCGCAGACACAGGCCCAGUGAGGAGUCUGACCUGUUGGGCCUCAGACUGUUCGUGGACGAGCAGAGUCGUCUGCUGAGGGAUUUCUCCGAGCAGCUGGAACAGAGCGUGUCCACUCUGAAGCAGGACGUGGCCGCCAUCGUCCGCCGGAAACGAGAACGAUCGGGAGUCUGGUCCUGA